GUACAGAGUGCAGACCCGAUAGAGUUUCAGACCUAUUUCGCGUAACACCUACUCCUCUCCUCCCCUGCUCCCCACAGCGCCGCCCACUUGCCCAGCCCUCUGCCCUCACCGCCCCCUAGGUCCACCAACGUCACCGGCUUACGGGUACACCACCGUCACCAGCUCUGCGGCUCACCUCACCGCGCGCCCACUACGACGUAGUCUACGAGAAGCUGAACUGCUGAAGCUCCGCCGGACCGCCCCUUACCACUCACCAACUCCGUCGCCGUAUUACUCUACAAGGAGAAGGAGACGUUCAGCGCUUCAGGGCUGUUUCUGGGUUAUAGCGAAUAGAAAUGGGAAGCAUCAAACCUGAAAAGAAGAUAAAGAAGAUGAAGAAGAUCAAAAAACGCGGUCACGAGCUCGUUAAAAUGGGUGAAGGUGCAUGGGGUUUAUUUCCUUUUCAACGUGAUGACAAGUGUGCUAUUGUUGAGAAGAAUAAGGAUCAUGUAGCUGGAGCAGAUCGGAAAGCUCAUAAGUCGAAGAAAGCUCGUAAAAACAAAAGCAAGGAAAAUCCUCCAUCGAGUGAACCAAGCAUGGUGAUGAAUGAUGAACCACAUGCAGAGGAUUCCUUGAAAAGAAAAAAAGAUAAGUCAAAGAAAGCUCCUAAGAAUAAAAGCAAGGAUAAUCCUCCAUCAAGUGAACCAAACAUAGUGGUGAUUGCGAAUGAUGAACCAGAUCCAGAUAAUUCUCUAAAAGGUGAAAAAGGAAAGUCAAAGAAGGCUCAUAAAAAGAAAAAGGAUGGUAAGAUGCAAGAAGUUGCCACGGAUGACGUAUAUCAAAUCUCUUCAGGAGUGGAAGAUGACUCCAAAGGCAUGAAAAAGUGGAUUAAGGAAUUCCACGAUAGGAGACCCGGAGUGAAGGUGCUGCAAGAACAGAUUGACAACUUUAUAACUGCACAUGAGGAGCAGGAGGAGCAGGCAAGAAGAGAGAGAGAAACCAAGCUUACAGAGGAGGGAUGGACUGUUGUUGUUCAUCGCAAGGGUGGCAAAAGGACAACUGAUCCUGAUAGUGGUGUUGCUGUUGGGUCUGUAGCGGAGGCUGCUGUUCGCGACAAAUUAGCCAAGAAAAAGAGUAAGGAUGUUGGGCUAGAUUUCUACCGAUUCCAGAGGAAAGAAGCACACAGAAGUGAGGUUAUGAAACUGCAAAGUAAAUUUGAAGAGGACAAGAAACGGAUACAGCAGAUACGAGCUGCUAGGAAGUUUAAACCUUACUGAAUGUUUCCUUUCCAAAGCAAAAGAAGUUCUAAAACAAAGGAAACAUUCAGAAACUUGGUUGUCCAAUUGUAACAAGCUGAAACCACUUUACCUUCUGUGUUUGACAAUGUACUUAGCAUUUUUACAGUUUUGUACGUGCUGUAAGUCUUUUUUUGUGUUGGUAAGAAUAGUUAGUAUAAUAACAGUAUUCUCAAUUAGUAUAUGUGGUUUCAUUAAACAGAUACGUCGAUCGUAAUUACUUCUAUUGCAUUGUCCAUUUUUCAGAAAA